ACAUAUCUCUACCUUAGCAUUAUCUUCAAGUUUAACCUUUACACAUACAGGAGCUAAAGCCCAAAUGGAAAGUGAAGUAACUUCAAAUAUAGUACAAUCAGGACACACUCAUCAAACACCUAGUCCUGGAACUAGUGUGUUAGAACAAACCACACCUGCUACUGUUGACUCCAGUGCUCUCUCAGAUCAGACAGAAAAGACUUCUGUUUCUCCUUUGACUGAUAAGACAAUGACCUAUUCGGACACAACUCCAAUGGAUGUAGAACUUUCAAGUGAUGACACCACAGAUAUAUUGAAUGCAACCUCUGUUUUCAGUGGAGUAUCCCCAUCUGUAUCCAGCACUGUGGAAUCAAUACCGCUAUCACUUGCAGUAACACAACAUGUUGAUACAGAUGAGACUAAAAUACCAUCCCUUACCAGUGUUCCAGAUGGUGAGGUGGAAAGUGAAAGCAGUCAACCUACCGUAAUGGAGUCGUUUGCUUCUGUCAGUCCGUCAACAAUGAAGUCAGAAACAACAUCCUUCCUGAGUGCCACAGAUGAAGAUUUUUCUGGAGACAGCACUACUGUUUUCCCUGAAGUCUCAAGCAUCAUAACAACAACAGUGCUUUCAAGUGAUACUUCAAUAACUAAACCAGAUCUUGACAGUCCUCGAGAAAGCACUCCUACUUUCAUCGAUGUCAUGGAUGGUUCACCCACCUCACCAAGUACUGAUGUUAAGAAUUUUGAUACUAUUCACACUCCCAAAAUAUCUUUCACUUUAUCUUCGUCCCUUCACAGCACUGACCAUACAGCUGAAAUUUCAUCUGGAACAGACAAAUACUAUUCUACAAUUGCAAGAGAUGAAAUUAAUUCCCUUACUGAAGAGUUGAGCUCACAUGAUGAGAUAACUCAUAUACCAGCCUUUGUCAAUGCACUUCCUCCAUCUUUUUCAUCGCUCACCUCAAUGGCACUAACAACAAGUCCAGUCGCAGAACUUGAGAUUCCAUUAAUUAGUCACCCAGAGAAAACCUUGCUUUCCCCCUUUACUGACAACACAGUGUUAUCUCCUGAACCCUUUACAUUAACUGACCAAACUGUAGACAUGUUUACCUUAUCUUCUUCCUCAGAUACAACUUCAACUGAAACAACAGAGAUGGUAACAACAAGGAACACUGUUGCUUUUGACUUCAUGACUACGACAUCAACAUCAGCACCAUCAACUACUUUCAGUGACUCUCAAAGAACACACACAUCCUUUACAGCAACAGUUGAAAGCCUGAAAACUUUGACUCACAGUACAAUGAUUUCACCUCAUGAGUUCAUGACAGGGGAGUCUACAGAUGCUCCUCUGAUUUCUGCCACUACUCAGUUUGAGUCAGAAGCAGGUCAUUUACCCGACCCAGACUUCUCAGGAGAUUACACAUCAACAUACACAGAUGAAACAGCACCUGAACAGUCCUCUGUGGAAUCAGCAACCCUAGCAGUAACAACAUUUAGUCCAUCAAACACACCUGUAUUCACUGGGGAAGAGCACUCAAGUGAUAGAGAAUUUACAACUUCUACAUCUAGUCCCUAUACACUCAAAACUUUUCGGCCAAUGGCAAUACCCAGUAUUACCCCAAUGAUGACCUCUGCCUACAAUGACAUGGACAACUCUGGCAGCUUCCCUCAAGACUUUGAUUUGGAAUCAAGUCAAGAUGGAUCUGGUGAAGGGAUAUUAAUUGAAACUGCUACAAAACCAUACAAGGAAUUUAAAGUGCAAACUGAUGAGACAGAAACAGAUGAGACUCAGAGCACAUCUGACAUGGUCGGUGUUGCAUUUUCACCUCAGUCUAGUACACAGGUAACCAAAGAAUUUAUAUCACCAACUCAAUCUCCAAGCAUGACGAGCCCUGAGAUUUACACUUCUGAUCAGGGCAGUGGAGUCACCGAUCAAGAUGAGUGGUCAGGUGAUGACUCAAGUGGGUCAUCCUCCACAAGAGUACCUGAAAGGGAGAGUUCUGGAGUUUUGGAUAGUACAAUUUCCUCAGCGGUUACAAAUUCAGUGUUUCCAGAAGAUAGUGGCCCAGGUGGCCAUACCACUGAUGUGCUUAUUACAGUAAAAGACACAGGAUUAUCAGUUCUACCCACAACCAAACCAAGAAUAACAGGAGCAACUCAUGAAAGUACAUCUGUUACUAGCACAGAGAGUACAGGCCAUUCCAUUUUCAGCACAGAGAAACCAACAAGCACAGCAAAAAGACUUAAUGAAAGUGGAACAGCUGAUGUUCCGAAAUCUACUGCACCGGCAGCUUCUCUCUACACCACAGAGAAGUCAUACACAACAACAGAAUAUGCAAUCACAAGUAAAAAAUCAACACCAAAACCAGAUUUUACUUUGACAGAGGUAGAGAGUUCUGGCAACCAAACCACUGUGGAGUUCACCCUAAAGCCUUCAGUGAUGGAGACUGCCACAUUUUCAGAAACAGCAGGUGAAACCAAGGGUUUUGCAACAGUAACACCAACCUCUGAUAACAGGGUUUUCUCACAGGAAAGUAAAAUUACUCCAGCAACAGAUCAUCCCCUUUCAAGCACUGAGAAAGAUGAGGUUGCUGUGGCUGAGCACACAACAGAAUCCCCCUCUACAGCCCUGCCCUCCCAUACAACUGAUGCCCUAAUAUAUAAUCACACUGUUGUUGAUUUCAGCACAGAAAGCUUGAGCGGUGAGCAUAAACAAGAUGAAUUUACAUCAAUAUCUGCCCCAGUUCCCACUGUUAUAUAUCACAGUGUUACAGAUCAACAAGUUGAGAUUAUUACUCCUGACAGGAGCCAAGCCAAGACUCGACUAACUGAACAUACACCCACCAUAGUUCUGCAUGCAUCCAAACCAUCAACCAGCACAUCUAUCAUAUUCAUCGAGGAUACACAACAGGAAGAUAAACUGUUCUCUGGAGUUACAGAUAGUAUGAGAGAAGACAGCUACAGUACAGAGCUUAUUACCAAAGAUGAUACAAUCACUGAUGCAGAUACGAUGUCUGUGGUUCCCUCUUCUUCAUUUUAUCCAACUAUUCUGACAGAGGAAGCUGGGGGUGUCACAGCAAUUACAAUAACUCAAAAGCUGGAAGUUACACAAGAACCAGAGGGUUCAGGGACUGUUGGUGACACAUUUUUGAGUCCUACACCAACCUCAGCCAGUGAUACAUCAUCAGCCUCAACAUCUUCUGAAUACUUGUUCACUUCAGAAUCGUCACCUGUGAAAGACGUUUCUUCGGUAGAAACAUCAAGUGAAGUAAAUGUCACAAGGUUGCCGCAGGCCACACAAGAUACUUCAGUGUCCACUCAGUCAAGCUCUGGAGAAAUCUAUGAUGUUACAACAACACACAAAGUUUUAUCAUUUGAGACUACCAAACCAAUUUCUGAUCAAUUCCAAGGAGACACUACUGAGAUUUCCACUUCCUUAUCUUUUUCUUCUCAAAUCUUAAUGGAAACAGCAGACUCUACCUCUGCCACUUUAGUGACUAGUGAAGAUUAUGUGGUCACCACAGUUAAAAAAGAAAAAUACAUGACAGCAUCACCCGUAAUUCUAACAGCUACAAGUCAUGGCAUAACUGAUAAAACCUUAAGUUCAUCCGUUUUCACCCAAACCACUAAACCUUCAGUCAUUGUCACACCAGUCUCCACUGAACCUGGAACAAUGAAAUCCACCAGUAAAACAUCUGAUGACGACUCUUCAGGUGACUCUGAUGACUUUGCACGAGAAAGCUCAGAGAAACCUUCAGCAUCAUCUUUGGAAAUUUGGAUGACUGAAAAAACAUCUACACCCUCUUCACUGUUUAGUACUGAGCAAGCCAGGUCUGAGAUCAUGCCUACUCCCCACACUGGCAUCUCUUCUGAGAAAAAUGUGCCAGCCACAGUGAGCCCAGUGUUGUCUAGUGAGAAGUUAAGCACUGCUAUGGUUGUAACUGCCCAGACUGCAGUAACAGUCACAACAUUGAAAGGGGAAAUUUCAAGUAGUUCAGACAGUGACAUCCAGAAAACAUCUCCUCAUGCUAUUAUAACUUCAUCUCAUAUGGGGACAGGAGUGGAGCCUGUUGGAGUAGAAUCUACAACUCCAAAACCUCCAAGUGAAGAAGAAGAAGAAACUAUAGCUACUGACACAAGAUCUCCUGCAGUGUCAAGCGCUGUAGACACAUCACUAGAGAUCUCAGGUGAAGCAACUUAUUCAUUUUCAUUUGAAACAAAAAGGACGCCAUCCUCAGGUGUGUCCUCAGUUUCUACCACUGAGACUGAAAAGUUGGUUUUCACUUCAGAAAUGACAGACCAGUCACCCAAAAUGAUAACAGAACCUGCCCUUACCAUUCUUGCUUCUACCACUGAGAAGCCAGCUGUAGUAUCGACUGAGAGAGACACCUCAACUGAUGAAGACAGUUCAAGUUAUGCCAAGACGCCAGUGAAGAGUGAAGAGAGGUUUAUAUCAACAGGAACAAGUAUUAUUAUUUCUACAGCAGGUUCAAGUGAAAUGGGAUUGAGCACCUUUGGGUCUGACUCUGUCACUCCUAGUUUGUCGACCAUUAAGAAGACUAUGAUUACUAGCACUUUAUCCACUCAGCCGGCAAGCUCCCAAACAGAUGAGUCAGAAUCAUUUGAACAAACCUCAGGUCAGACAUCCCAUGAGGUCUUCAGCACUGCCCAUGCAACACAGCCCCCUGCUGUGACCAGAUCUAUUGAGUCAUUGAAUACAUCAACUUCCUUUGAGUCAGAACCAAAGGAGUCACAAAAUGCAGCUAUAACAAGCAAAGCUAUCUCAGAGACAACAGUAAUGAUCACCACAAUACCCACUUCAAAUGUCCCCUCAACACCAUCACAGCCAGAUGUUGUCAUUCAGUUGGACUCAACUCUUUCUCCUCUACAACCACUGACAACUCCCAUGGAAUUAUUUGAACAAGCCAAGUCAGACAUUACACUUACACAUCGCCCCAACCCGGGUCUUUCUCAUGAUAUAUCACUGACCACAACUCACCCUGUAUUUGCUAAUCAUGUCACAAGCCAGACUGCAGUAUCAACAGUUGCACCUGCUUUUGUUUCUGAAGACGGCCGUGUUUCGAUAGCAGAUGGGACAGUUGAACCAGCUGUUGAUCAGGUCUCAAGUGGUGCAAUGACUCAACGAUCUUCAGACCCAUUUUAUGAUGCGUUAACUGAUCCACAACCAGAUUAUGAAGUACUAAAUCCUUAUGUGGUGGCAGCAGAUCCCCUAAACAACCAAACACUAGAAAACGAUACAGUGUUAAUUUCUACACCACCAUCUGUUGUUCAAACACCUGACUCAAAGGUAAUAGCAGAAGCUAUCAUGGUUACGGCAUCAACCACGAUCAGUGGAAAAUCAGUCUCUACCUUCCAAGAAAACAGCAUGACUACAGCAAGUGUUGUUAAGCUGGGUGAUGAUGAGGUUCAGAGUGUCACCUCUGAGCUCUUAUCGCCAACAUCUAAGUCACCUUCUGUCCCUAAUGAUAAGGCUGAAAGUGGCUCUGUAAGUUCUGGGAUUUCAUCCUCCAGCUUUGAUGAUGUAUCUGAUGAACUGAUGACUACAAAGGCACCAAAGAUCAUCAGUAUAGAACAGGCUCUAUCUCCAGAUGAAAUUAAGAAAGUAUUUAAGGUAAAUGCUACAGAAGCUUCAAAGAAGGAAGGUGUUGAUGUCACGCUUGGGAAAGGUGACAUAGGUGUCUCUCUUUACACUGAAAUACCAACCAGCACUCAAUUCAAGACAGUAUCACCAGCCCAGGUGCAAAAUCAGCUAGGUACAAUUGCAUCAACCACACCAUCAACCUUUUCUGAGCAAGACCAGAAACAGGACAGUGACAUGACUGCACCACCAUCAGUUAUUGAAGGAAAACCACCAAUAAAAGAGGAGGAAACAACCACACCGCCUAAUAGAGGAUUUGAUCUAGGACACACUGUUGUUGGCGAGACUAUGGAGAUUUCUGGAAUUGACUCAUGCACAGAGGAUGUUUGUCUAAAUGGAGGCUCUUGCUUGAGGAUUGGCAGCACCUAUACCUGUCACUGUGCUCCUGGUUUCAGUGGUCAUCAAUGUGAAAUAGAUAUUGAUGAGUGUGAAUCAAACCCUUGCCGCAAUGGAGGCACGUGUGUCGAUGGCUUGGCUUCUUUCACAUGUGUGUGUCUCCCAAGCUAUGCUGGGCUGUUUUGUGAAGAGGAUACAGAAACAUGUGACUACGGCUGGCAUAAGUUUCAAGGCCACUGCUACAAGUACUUCCCUCAGAGGAAAAACUGGGACACAGCAGAGAGAGAGUGCCGCAUCAACGGGGCUCAUCUCACAAGCAUCCUGUCUCACGAGGAGCAACAAUAUGUCAACCGUCUUGGACAGGACUACCAGUGGAUCGGCCUGAAUGAUAAGAUGUAUGACAACGACUUCCGCUGGACCGAUGGUCGCCCUAUGCAAUAUGAAAACUGGAGGCCCAACCAGCCUGACAGCUUCUUCUCUGCUGGCGAGGACUGUGUGGUGAUGAUAUGGCAUGAGGAUGGUCAGUGGAAUGAUGUUCCUUGCAACUACCACCUCACUUUCACCUGCAAGAAGGGCACAGUGGCCUGUAGUCAGCCUCCUGUGGUAGAGAAUGCACGUUCCUUUGGGAAGACACGUGAACGGUAUGAGAUCAACUCGCUGGUGAGGUACCAGUGCCGUAUAGGCUUUAUUCAGAGACAUGUCCCAACUAUCCGUUGUCGUGGAAAUGGACGAUGGGAUAUCCCGAAAAUCAGCUGCAUGAACCCCUCAAGCUAUCAGAGGACCUUUAUCAGAAGGCAUCAGCACAAUAGUCUCUACAGCAUCCACAACUUCAAUAACUGGCAAGAUGAGUCCUUCCACUUUCGUCAUCAGCUCCGCCGAGGAAGGAGACACAAAAUAGAACAUAAGUGGAAAUAACAUGGCACACCUGAGACGAGAGCACGUGCCAGAUGCUUGUUUGAAAAGAACAAAAAAAAAAAAGCACAUGAGAAAACUUAUCAAAGAAAAAAAAAACAACCUGCAGUUUUUGCCAAUGGAAUCUUACAAAGUGCCUUUUAUAGAGAUGUAGAUACAAGACUUUUUCUUAUCAAGGGGCACUAUUUUAUAAUAAUGCCAAUGUGGAUUAAAAAAAGUUUCAGCUGGCUACUGGAAAAGCAAAAACUACUCUCAUCAUACUUAAAAAACACUAAAAUCACCCUUUUUCAUGAUGGUUGUCUAGUCAAUUUUAAAAUCAACUGGGCUAUUUAAAAUCUAUGCAAGUGUUCAUUUUCUAAUAGAAAGAAAGAGAUUAUACUGCUCAUGUAAAUAUUAAUAUUGUGCUGUUUUAAUUUGGGCUUCCUUUUUAUUGCGCUUGCAAAGAACUCAUAUCGCAUGAGUUAAACAUUAUGUUGCAUACAAAGAACUAUAAACUUUCUUACAUACAGAUCUUUUCCCAGAAUUUAUAGCUCAUUCUAUAAAGCGGCAAAUUAUACCCUGACAUGGUUUGACAGGUUUCCUGUAUAGUAGUUAUUCACAUUCUAGAUUAAAAUAUCACAAGUCUGGGGAAAGUUUUUCACUGAUUGCUUGGUUAUCAGCUUCUUUGUGAUGGCAGCUUUUAGUAUCAAAUUAUCACCUUUCAUUCUCUUCUGCUGUCAUCAGAUAUAUGUCAGACUAAAUGUUUAUAAAGAGAUUUCUAUAGAUAGAUUUUUAAAAAUGUAACUGACAUUUUCUUUUGUAGGAGACAGUUCAAUAUGAAAGAUUGCUCUCUAAGUGCCUAUCGACAAAGCCUUUAUCAACAGAUGGAAAUUGAUGACUAUCGUCUACUUCAAAAGGAAAGUGUAGCUCAAAAAGCCUCUAUUUUCUGCUCAAAUAUGUUCAUUGCAUAGCCUUUAAUUAGUCACAACAGCAUGUUUACAAUAAAUUAUAUAACUAAUGCUGUGCAUAAUCACACACCAAAGACUCUUGCUGUCAUCUGUUGUGGGGUAGCUUAUAUGUAAGUCUUUUUUUUUCUCUUUUGGUAUGAUUUCUAAAAAAUUUGUUUCUGUUAUUGUGGUCAAUUAAGAUCAGUCAUUGAGAGAAUGUAUUUUGUGAAUCACUCAGAAAGACUUGAACGUAACAGCUGUUUAGGCAGAGAUGCGUAUAAUUUAUUUUCAAGCUGCUCUUGAUUGCUUUACUUGUUUUACUGAUAAAAUAUGAUUCUGUCACUUGGGCCUCACGGGGAUUCUUUUUAAAUGUUUUUAUUGUUUGUUCACCAGGACGCCGGCAACAUUUGCAUGCUAACAGUCUAAAAGUAAUUACUCAGCAAUAUGAUCCAUUUACAUGCCUUCUGCUUUUUCUUUCUUCUUCUUCUUCUUUUUUUUUUUUUCAACUUUAAUGCCAACAGUGGACCAAAGAACUCAGAGACACACAUCAGCAAUAAUCUGCAUCGAUUUUGUUCUGUAACAUUAACAGACGUGAAUUUUUUUUAAGGAGAAAUGUUGUUUUGUUGUCUGAGUAUUUGUCUGUGUGUUUUAGCCUUGAUGUGCACAUAAUAUAAUUUUAUAUUUAUAAGUGUUUCUUUUUUUAAAGAUUACUUUACAAUGUGAAUGGUUGGUACGUUUGUGAAUUUAAUGUUUUUUUUAACUGUUGUUUUUCCUGCUUUAAAUCACCAAUGAAAU